CAGAGACAACUGGAAACGAAAUCUAGAGACUUCUAAUAAUGUGGAGAUGUUUCGACCUUCAGAUACUAAUAGACUGAUUCCUCCAUCCCACUUCCAAGCGCUACCCCUUUCAACUCUGCCUAGAAAGGCUCCCACCUGGGUCCCACAUAAUCCCGUGGCUACACCCCUGGUCCAUCAAGAUGUCUUGGAGAGAAGACCUGACAACCUGAGGCCUUCAGGGAUGAAGUGGGAGCAGGAUGUUUCUGGUGAUGGGCAAGAGCCAGGAUGGAGAGGCAGGACCACGGAACUGCAGGGGUCUCACGCCCUGACCCAGCAGGCUGAGCUAAUUUCCCGGCAGUUGCAAGAGCUGCGGCGGCUUGAAGAUGAAGUUCGGGUCCUUCAGGAAUCUUCUCUACAGCAGAAACUGAGACUAGAGGCCCAAUCCUUAGAGCUGGAGGCUCUGGCGCGGGCAGAGAAGGCUGGUCGGGCCGAAGCUGAAGGUUUGCGUGCUGCGUUGGCUGGGGCUGAAAUUGUCCGGAAGAACCUGGAAGAGGGGAGCCAGCGGGAGCUGGAGGAAGUGCAGAGGUUGCACCAAGAGCAGCUCACCUCACUGACACAAGCUCACCAGGAAGCUCUUUCUAGUUUGAACAACAAAGCUGAGGGCUUGGAAAGGUCCCUAAGCAGCCUGGAAUCCAAGAGGGCAGGGGAAGCCAAGGAGCUGUCUGCAGCUCAGAAAGAAGUCGAGCUGCUGAGAAAUCAGUUGAGCAAGACUCAAGAAGAUUUGGAGGCCCAGGUGGCCUUGGUUGAGAAACUGAGGAGAUAUGUGGGGGAUCACGUCCCUCCUGAGGCCCAUAGACAGUCAUGGGAACCAGAAAGGCAGGAGCUUCUAGAAACUAUGCAGCACUUGCAGGAGGACCGGGAUGGCCUGCACACAGCCACUGAGCUGCUGCAGGUACGCGUGGAGAGUCUCCUGCACAUUCUCUCCCUUCAGGAGGAGGAGCUGGCCAGGAAGGUUCAACCUUCUGAUACCCUGGAGCCUGAAUUCACCAGGAAGUGCCAGUCAUUGCUGAAGAACUGGAGAGAAAAGGUGUUUGCCCUCAUGGUGCAGCUGAAGGCCCAGGAGCUGGACCACAGAGUCUAUGUGCAGCAGCUGAAGGCCCAGGUGGCAGAGCUUCAGGAAAGAGCUACGUCCCAGAACCAGGAGCAGAACAUCCUGCAGCGCUCCCUACAGGACAGAGCCACAGAGGUGGAAGUGGAGCGGCUGGGUGCCAAGACCCUGCAGGUGGAGCUGAACCGAGCUCAGGAAACUGCACGCCGGCACAAGCAGCAGACAGCUGAAGCUGAGGAGCAGCUGAAGCUUGUGGCUAAUAUUCUUGUCAGUUUCAAGGCCCGGCUGCAGAACACCAUGGCCGAGGUGGAUCAGGCCAUAGCGCGGCUGCCCAGCCUCAGCAACCGAAUCAACUUCGCUGUUCGAAAGGUCCAUACCAUCCAGGGUCUGAUGGCUCGAAAACUGGCUAUUGUUCAGCUGCGCCAGGAGAGGGAGAAUGAGAAGAGCUGCCUCCCACCCCCACCAGACGCAACUAUGAGCCAGGAGUUGGAGCAGCUGCGGGAAGAACGGAACCGGCUGGAUGCCGAGCUGCAGCUGAGUGCACACAUCAUCCAGCAGGAGGUUGGCCGGGCGCGGCAGCAAGGGGAGGCUGAGCGGCUAAAGCUGAGUGAGGUGGCCCAGCAGCUGGAACAGGAGCUGCAGCGCACGCAGGAGUCCCUGGCCAGUGUGGGGCUACAGCUGGAAGCAGCUCGCCAGGGUCAGCAGGAGAGCACAGAGGAGGCUGCCAGUCUCCGGCAGGAGCUGACACAACAGCAAGAGAUCUAUGGGCAAGCUCUGCAGGAUAAGGUGGCUGAAGUGGAGACUCGGCUGCGUGAGCAGCUUUUGGAAACAGAGAGAAGACUGAAUGAGGCCCGGCGGGAGCACUCCAAGGCAGUGGUCUCCUUGCGGCAGAUGCAGCGCAAAGCUGCACGGGAAAAGGAGCGGAAUCAGGAGCUCAGACGCCUGCACGAUGAGGCCCAGAAGGAGGAGGGCCUGCGGCUGACCCAGCGGUUGCAGGAGCUGGAGAAGGACAAGAACAUCAUGCUGGCCACCUUGCAGCAGGAGGGUCUCCUCUCCCAUUACAAGCAGAAGAGACUGUUGGCAGUGCUUCCCUCCCUGAUGGAUAAGGAGGCACCCAAAGAGUACAGCCCCGCACCCCUCCGGCCUUCAGCAUCUGUGCCUUUAGCAGCAACCCUCUACACCAGAGAGGCUAUAAGAGGAUCCCUGUCCGUCCUACUCGAAGACCUACAAGGCCUGAGUGAGGCCAUUUCCAAAGAGGAAGCCAUUUCCCAAGGAGACAAUCAGAACUCUUCUGCUCCACUGUGCCGCUGAGCAGCCCGGAGAAUCACUGAGAGGUGGAGUGGGGAGUUUCGGGGAACAGACGCCUGCUUCCCUCUCAGACACCAGUCACCAAGUUGCCUGUGAAAUCUGUGACUCAAUAAAGAUGAGUAGUAGGAA